AAAAACGGAAAACGAAAUUGUUUCCAUGGACGCCCUACAGCCUUCCUUAGUAUGGCAGUUCAGUGUAAAUUAUUACAAUUACAAGCCAUAAUAAAAUGAUAGUCGAACUGCAUCAGUUAAGAUGUUACUUUUAUAGUUAAUAUAAAGUUUUAGAAAACCAUUAAAAUUUACUUUUACUUCUUUUAUCGCCAUAGGCCAUAAGUUUAAAUUUAAGUUAAAAAAUGAAGAAGUCCAAUCCUGGUAGUCCUGUACAUAUUAUGGUUAGGCCAAAGGUAACAAGAAGUUUAAUUGAGUCAAAGAAACGGCCAAAUUGGCCAAAAAUUGCUGAGGCAGCAAGAAAAACCAGUGGAUCAAGAAUGAAAUUUUUUCAGCAUCCUUGGGAAGUAAGUUUAUUCUGAGUGAAAAUUAACCCAAUCUGACAUUGAAAUGCUUUAAAAAGUAUACAGUUUCUCUGUCUGUUACUAACAGUAAAACAGUGUUAGUAUCUCCUUAUUUAUUUAUGUAAUUGAAGGUUUAAUAAUACUAUGACUAAUACUUAAUACUAUGUUCUAGAGAGACACAACUAUUUAUUAAUUUAUUACAUUUCUAGGCACUCCUCAGAACGGCAGUCCCAAAUCAUGCCAAAUGUCAAAUAGAAUACUUUAUGUUAGAAAGUUUCCGGUUACCAGCCUGCACUGAUAGCUGCUGAUAAUUGGUGACAUGAUUGUUCUAACUUGUAAUUUUGUUUACAAACUUGUAAUAAUAUAAAAAAACAAUACAAUGGCCGACAGACCCCUAGCGCCAGUUCUAAUUUCAGGAAACCUGCAAACUUAUGACAUAAUGCUUAAAUAAGACUUAAGGCACUGUAUGACACCAUGCACUGUAUGACAUCAUGUACUGUAUGAUAGCAUGCUUUGACUUUGGUAAGAGUAAGAGGGGCUUGCAGAACACCGUCUAAUAUGAAACAGCAAUUCAAGAGAGAUAUCUUUUGUUUUUCUUUUGCAUUUUCUUCUUCUUCCUAUUUCUUAAUUUUAGGAGAUGAUGAAGUUGAUGAAGAAGAGGCUAAUUAAGAUUGCAAUUUUGAAAAAAUUCAUUAAUUGAAAUAAGCCAUUAGCCGUAAACAAAUACAGCACCAAUUAUUGGCGGCUAUUAGGCUGGUAGACGUGCACUUUGUAACGAAAAGUAUUUUAUUUCACAUUUGGGCCAGCAGUUCUGAGGAGUGACCAUUUCUACAAUGUCCAAUUGACUGCUAUAAUUAUAAAAAAUAUUGUCAUGUUUCUGUUCGCAUAAUAUCUUGCUUAAUUCACAAUUAAUUUGUUAUCACACUUCUAUACUACAACAUGUUCACACUCAUACAUUACUAAUGAGUUCUCUUACUCUCAGUGUCCCUCUCAUAACCCUCCUCAUCUAUUUAUAGCAUUUAUACUAACAAAUUAUUUUUCUUUGCUCAGACUUUUGUCAUAUCAGAAUUAAGCCACCUGACUGACACUCAACUCACAAUCCAUGUUCCAACAACCAAAUUCUAACACCAAUAAACAUAUUCAUAUCUUGAAAAUAUGUAACUAUUUUAUAAUGAAAUAAUUAUUUUUAUAUUUUUCCUUCUGUUUGAAACAAAUUCUUUAAAAAAAUCAAACUGAAUCAUUGAUUACUUGAUUUCUUUUAAUGGAUUUUUUUGUUGUUGUUGUUGUUGCCAUUUGAAAACUCCGUCUUAGUGAAGUAUAUUGUGUUGCAAAUAAUUUAAAAUAUAAUAACUUGGAGUAAUUUAUAUUGCUGAUUAGUAUCAUUUAUAAAUUAUCUAUUAAUUGGCCUCAUCACAUUUAGACCAAUAUCACAAAAGUAUAUCAAAACUAUGUGUUCCAAUACUUGUGCAACGUAUCUAUAACUCAGUCAAUGUUCUGUUGAGAAAACAAGGUCAUUUGUUUUUUUUAAUGUAAAUUAUAUUUCCUUGGGUAAUAUAAUUUAUUAUUAUUACAGUGGUCUUAUAUAGCGCGGUAUCCUAGCCUCACGGGGCUUCACAUAAAAAUCAGCCAAAGAACCCUAAAAAACAUGACAUUAAAAAAACAGUUAUGCAAAAUUAUUCAUUUAAAAACAGCUGUGUAAAAAGAUUGACCUUACACACCCAAGUACUAUUUACCCCUGUCUAGCCAUGGAUGGCACCCAGCAGCAUCGAGCAUUGUUUAUCAGUCAGAGGGAUGUGAGAGAAUAAGAGCACAGCCUAAUGUUUUUGUCUCGCUAACUUUGAGGUGUGGUGGAUGGAACUGGUCUGAUGGAUAGCAGGGUACACAGAGCGACAGAUGUGAUAAAUAUGAUUAUUGAGAAACAUGUUGUCAGAAAGAAUGUAACCAAAACUCCUAGCACAGGAUGUGAACUGUAUGUCAUUGUCAGAGCUACCUACUGGACAUGAGGUGGGAAGAAAUGAGUUAAAGGAUGAUUCAUGAAUAAUAAUGAGGAGUGCUUCUGUUUUGUCAUCAUUCAGCUUCAACUUGCUGAGAGUCUUUCAUGACUUGACAUCACCAAUGCUCUCUUGCGAGGUGUGGAUAGCCAAUGACUGGCUCUUAACAGCAUGCCUCCCGAGCAGGAGGAUCAGUGGCCUGGUAUACAGGACUAGAUUCAAAAGGUGCCACUGUGGCACUCUAUACACCAAAUAGCACUACCUGAUAGACAGCCAUCAACAGCGACCGCCUGUGUUCUAUUGUCAUCGGAGACAUAGGACGGAAACCAAGCCAAAACCAAACCAGAAAUUCUAAAGUAAUAUCCUAGGGUUUUGAAAAGGGUUUGAUGACCAACAGUAUAUUACAAGGAUUACAUUAAAAAUAAUAAUCAAGAAGCGCUCCUAUUCCAUGAAUUAUACCUGUGAUUUCUUAGGGUAAUAUAGCAUGUAUUUUUGCUGAAUGGCCUCAUGAACCACGCCAUGCUUUUUGUAUUCUUUUUAAAAUAUUUUCUCUUAUCAGGGGCAUUGCCAGGGGUUGCGGACCGAACCUGUUGACACCAUCUCGGGGGGUGACACCAUCUCAGGGGGGUGACACCAACUCAAUGGGUGAGACCAUCUCAGGGGGGUUACAGCAUCUCAAGGGGAUGAAACAAUCUCAGGGGGUGGCACCAUCUCAGGGUGGGGACACCAUCUCAGGGGGGUGAGACUAUCUCAGGGGGGUGACACCAUUUCAGGGGGGUGACACCAUCUCAGGAGGGUGACACCAAAUUGAAAAAUUGCAUACUGCUGGAAGACUGUUCAGUCUAACUUAAUUUCAUGAAAGGUUAACCGAUCAUAAGUAAAUUUUCCACACAUGUAACGAAUCCAAAUGUGUGCUUGGUUAAAAUUUCAAGGUUGAUUUUUUUAAAAAUGAGGUGACCCUGUAAUUAGGUCAGAGAAACACCAUUUUGACCAUGAUUCAAGGCCAAAUGAAGUGUUGGGAAACUUUCUUAGACAGAAAGCUAUAUUUUUCAAAAUUGUAAGCAAUAAAGCUUUCCAUUGAUACCAAUGGGCCAUUCUAAGUGCAUGUUACGGUUCUUAGAUACAUUUACCCCCUGACCUUCAAUUAGCUUGCUUUUGAUCUUGUCACUGUUACCGCACAGGGUGACACCAACAAUAGCUAUGCCGCUGCUUCUUAUUAUUAUUAUAUAACCUGGUGGAAUUUGAUAUUGGCCACAGAGAAGUAGCAGUACUAAGGGGCUAUCCUUAGAGGAGGACAUUUUAUUAUAUCUGAUAUUUUAUUUAUAACCUAACCCAGCCCUUAGUAUCACAUCUUGUCAUAGUAAAAAAAAAAGACAACCUCAUCACAAAUAUGUGACCCAUCCAAACUUAGAUUUUGAUGGCAUUUACUGAUGGCCUCCUAAAUGGAAAGUUAAACUUUAAAUGGAAUCUUAUGUUUACAGGACCGUACAUUACUUAGUGAUGCCUUUGAAAAUCCAAUCACUGACAGAGAGAGCUGGUGGAGAAAAGAUAUUAAGGUAAAAUUUCUGAUAAAUUUAAGUCAUACUUGCAGUUCUUUGUGUAUUUAAAAUAUUUAUUUGUCAUGAUUUGCACUUUAGUGCACAUUACAAUAAUAUGUUUCAAAUUCAUAAGACCUGGAUUAUGCCUCAUUAGCAUACCAUAAUAUACUUUUUUUGUAGAAUACAUGUUUUGUUUUGUUGUUUUUAACUUUAAGCUCCAGAUCAUUGUUCUCAAUUUUUUUUCUUCUUGAGUCACCUUUUUAGUGUUUUAAUUUUGUUCCUUUAGAUUAUAUUGUAUAUAAAUUAUUAUAAGCUUAAGCUUUUUAUUGCAGUACAAGUGUUCAUUAUAUUGUGGGUUACUUUGCACAAUAAAGACAUUUUCAAGAUAUUUAGAGCCUGUUUUGUGCUCAGCAUUUUUUUCCAAGCAGUUGGUAAAAUAACUUUGAUAUUUAGUUGGAUUCACUAUAGUUUAUAUUUUUAAACUUAAAUAAUCCUUCUACUUCUAGGUACGUCAUCUACAACCAGUGUACUUUGAGUCGAGAAACACUCUACAAUGCUCUAUGUCAUGAAACUAUUGCUUGAGAUGAAAUUACUCUUCAUGUUUAAACUUUCAAUGUUCUUUGAUGUUUUUCUUUCCUUCCACUAGAUAACCCCAACACCCGGUACUUACACCAUGACAGACUUCCUCACAGAGCUGUCCCUAAAACCGAACACCUACCAGUUCAGAGCUACUCCAAGGAGAACCAUGUGUGGAAACGGGAAGGGGGCACUUCUUUUGCCCGGAGGCUAUGAGUAUCAGGAUUUUAUUACACAGUGAGUAGUUAGUUUAAGGAGAAUGUUAUUAUAAACCUGUUUUCCUUGUUAUUAGGUUGAUCUGCUCAUCAACUAAACUAAGAUGUCUUGUUUCAGAGUUCUAUUUAUUAGCUUUGUUGCCCAGUUUAAAAAAAAAAAGCUAUUGUAUGUAUUUAUUGUUAUAAAUUUAUGCAUUUUACACUUUGUCAAACUUAUUUUUAAAAACUGUGUUAGCGUAUGCAGCUAAACUGAAGUAUGUGACUUGUGUAUGCAGAUAAAACAAAAUUAUGCACUGGGUAUUAUGCACGUUUUGGUUUUGAACAACUUAACUUCUGUCUCUAACAUAGAGCCCAUUUGUUGCCAACAUUGAUAUCGUCUGACACAUACGUUUUUGAAUUCAUUUUGAAUUCUUUUGUUCCUCGUUUUGUCUUGUCUGCUGAAGGGGCAUCUAGCUGAAAAGCUCUUCUGAUUUUCCUCUCAUUUCAUUUUAAGCCUAAAUAUAUCUUGUUCCACUAUUUCCAUCACACUGCUUGAACCCAGUUCCUUAUAUCUUAUUCUUGAUUAUUUAUUAUGAAUACUUUUGAAUACAAAUUUUGCAUCCCUUGGCAACCCUUAAAACUAGGUCCCUGAAUUUCUAUGUUUACUUUUCAGUCUAUCUAAAAAGCCAGCCACCUACAGAUUUAAGGCAGAAGAACGAGACGCGAAGGAUUAUCUCAAUUUUGGAAUACGAGAUAAAGUAAGUGUCUCUAUCACUUUGCAGUGAUGCAAUGGCCAUCCAAUCACUUUGGAGUGAUGCAAUGGGCCGUCCAAUCACUAUGAAGUGAUGCAAUGGGCCAUCCAAUCACUUUGCAGUGAUGCAAUGGGCCAUCCAAUCACUUUGCAGUGAUGCAAUGGGCCAUCCAAUCACUAUGAAGUGAUGCAAUGGGCCAUCCAAUCACUUUGCAGUGAUGCAAUGGGCCAUCCAAUCACUAUGAAGUGAUGUAAUGGGCCAUCCAAUCACUAUGAAGUGAUGCAAUGGGCCAUCCAAUCACUUUGAAGUGAUGCAAUGGGCCAUCCAAUCACUUUGAAGUGAUGCAAUGGGCCAUCCAAUCACUAUAAAGUGAUGCAAUGGGACGUCAAAUCACUUUGCAGUAAAUGGGUCAACCAAGUGGAUUUCACCCUCUGCCCCCCACCCCCCCACCCCUCUUUUCCUUUGCCACUGUGACCAUGACAAUAAGUAAAGUGGUGGGAACAGAAGGGUGGCUAAGAUGGUUUUGCCUUGAUGAUUAUAUCAAUAUUUAUUAUAAUAAUAUGCGUACAUUGAUAUCAUAAAAAUGAUACUACUAACCAGUGACCAGAACUCAAGAGUUUAUCAGUUUAUCUCAGCCCUGCUCCGUGUUAACAAUCCUUCAAUUUUGAUCGGAUUCAGGAUCGCUACUGGUUCUAUAACGCAGUUUUCACUUUUUCCUAAUGGGUGGAACACAUAUCUCAUUUCCUGUAGAUAAUUCCUGAAAUUGCUCUCAGGUCCUGAAAGAUUCAGCUCUAAUUUUUCAUUCUAUUUUAAAACUGAAUUUUUCUUUUUCAUUCAUUCUAUUUUAAAAUCUAAAAUUGAACAUUUUUCAGUAUGUUGAUGUACCACCGAAUGCUUAUGUUGUGGAAAAUUAUAUGUCUGUAGAUAAAGAAAUCUAUCCUGUUAAGUAAGUUUGGUUUAAAAUAAUCAAAUAGAUUUAUAUUGAGGUCUUAAAAAGUUUUAAAAUGCUAUUAACAAUAAGCACUGUGUAGAAACUCUGAUAUCAAAUAAACCUUAUCAAGCUUGUUUGCAUUUGCAACAUUACAAGAAAAUGAAAUUUAUGACCAUGGAGACUUAAUUUUAAAUUUUAAAAAAACUUAUUUUCAGUAUAUAUUUUAUAAUACCUUUAAAAGUUGAUACUUCACAACAAAGAAGCAAAACAAUUCUACAUUUAUUACCUCUUGACCUUAAAUUUUCACUUCACUUUGAGAUUAUCUUAAUUUCUUGUAAUAUUUAAUUUUUGUUCUUUAAUUCUUGCAUAGGAGCUCGAUGUUUCGAUCUACAACAAAAAGGUUUCCCACUUACAUCUUCAGGCCUGUAAGUCAGAAAUGUCUUAAAGCCGUGCUCUAUAAGAUUUUUUUUUUUAACCUCAUCUAUUCUAGUUCUUUACAAGAUAAAUAAAAGUGUAUAUUGCUAUCUUUGUGUAGACACAUAUUUCUUACAGUAUAGACAGUUUACAUGUUACAGCAUAGGUGGAGAAAUAACUAUUCAAACAAUGAGAAAUACAAAUGUGGCAAUGUGCCACUAUUUGCAACUGCUUUUAGGUAACAUUUUAUAUGCGGCAGUAUGCAACAGAUAGGAAUAAGAGAAUCCACUCUCAUAGUAUAGUGUGACUGCUAUGGGUAACCCCAAGCACGUACACAUCCAUGGUCAUUUAAAGUAACACACAGCUGUGUACUGGCCUUAAAUUUUAUGUUGGUUAUUUACACGCGGGAAUAACCAUCCCUGCCCUGGGGUUGACCCAUGGUCAGCUCAGGACACAGGUUCCCUGUGAGUGUGUGGGGGGGGGGGGGAACUGGGACUUGGGGUGUGUACAUUUUUGGGAUUGUGGAACGGGUUCGGGUUGGUGGCAUGUCUGAGAGAUUUUACUGUCGGCUCUGUCAACGGAUUGUACCUUUUAUGUUGGUUAUUUCCACGCGGGAAUAACCAUCCCUGCCCUGGGGUUGACCCAUGGUCAGGUCAGGACACAGGUUCCCUGUGAGUGUGUGGGGGGGGGGUGAACUGGGACUUGGGGUGUGUACAUUUUUGAGAUUGUGGAACGGGUUCGGGUUGGUGGCAUGUCUGAGAGAUUUUACUGUCGGCUCUGUCAACGGAUUGUACCUUACAUUAAAAAGCUAUAGUUCUCAGACCUGAUUGUUUUAUUGUGAUUUUAUUUAAACUGUAAGCGUACCACUCAGCUGCACAAAGAUGAAUUAAAUAAAAUUGUUACCAGGCUGGUUGUUGAACAGCUGAAUUCAUUGUUUCUGAUUCUUCUUUUGUGUUUUUAAGCACAAUUACCAAAAUAUGUCAAGUAAAAAAUUAUGAAAAAAGCAAAAAGGAAGGAUAUUGUAAAUAGCUUGUAAAGUGGAUGGACUUAAUUCAUUGUUAUGACAUGCUUUUUUUUAUUUUAAAUUAGCUACAGAUUAUAUUUAUUAAUUAUAUCCAACAGAAAGAUGGCCCCUCUCCCGGUUCAUAUGAGAUUAAAGAUACUGCACCUAAACCCCCAGCAGUGACAUCUUGUUUCAGGUCUAAAACUCCAAGAUUUAAUCUGCCUCACACGGUAAAGCAUUAAUAGCUAUCAAAUAAUUCAGCUUUGCUUAAUAAUUCCACUCUUGCAUGCUAUCAUUUUUGCCAAUCCAUUUAUUCUAUUUUUAAGUCCAUUGCCAAGUAGGAUACCUUUUUUUUUUCACUUACAGUUCUUUUUUUUUUUAACUGGGCAGAAAUAAAAUACCAAAAACAUUCCAUACAUUACAGUGAAUAGGUUCUCUCUGUCCUCUAAUAAAAUACCAAAAACAUUCCAUACAUUACAGUGAAUAGGUUCUCUCUGUCCUCUAAUAAAAUACCAAAAACAUUCCAUACAUUACAGUGAAUAGGUUCUCUCUGACCUCUAAUAAAAUACCAAAAACAUUCCAUACAUUACUGUGAAUAGGUUCCCUCGUUAAGGAAAGAUUUAAAAGUAUAUAUUUUAUAUUUAUAUAUCUACUUAUCAUAAAUGCCAACCUGUUGAAUAAAAAAGCUUUACAAAAGUCCCCCAAAAACUGUACAACAGGAUGAAAAACCAUGCAGAAAACAAGGAAAAGAGAAAGAAAAAAAAAGUAUAACUUUGUUCACCAUUAAAUUAUCAAUGUUUUAAAUGCAUGCAAACUUUGCCUUCUUGGUGAACCUAAUUUUCAAGCAUCAUCUUCCAUUCACUCCCCACACAUUUUAGCAUGUAUACAUUUGAAUAGAUCGCAUCUUUUAAAUAUAAAAUUGGGUGUUUUAAGUUACUUUUUUUGUCAGUUAUCACAUUUUUGUUAUAAAUUGACUAAGAUGAUAAAUUUUAUGGAAACUCAGAUAAAAUUAAACAUAUUUUUUAAUAAAUAAUGAUAGCUGUAGUAAUUCAGGUUCCUGUUUUAAAUUAAUAAGAUAACAUAAGAUUCUUUAUUGAUACAAAUAAAUGGAAAUGUUUUUUAAUUACAUUGUAAAUUGUACAGAUUCAUUCUAGCAUAGAAAUCAGCCAUAAACUCCUUUAGUGACAACAAUGACUUAAUUAGUGAUCAUUUAGAGUGGGUAAUCGCUGGUCAUGAAUGAAAAUAAAUUGUGUCCAUCUUAACAAAGUUAAUGAGUUUACCUUCAAUUUAUAGCUGUUCACAGUUACUGUGGGAAAAGUCCUGUGGAAAGUUUUUUUUUUUUUUCCAUAGGCACUAUGGGGAUAUGAGGUGAUAAGAAUUGCACAAACAAUGUCUACAUUUUGAGGGCCCAUGAUCAAUAUAUUGAUCAUUCUGGCUCCUGGUUUGAAUUUAGAGUUGCUUAUUCUUAUAUGAUUUGCUGUCCAAGGCUAACGAGUCCCAUCCACCUGGCGUGCUUGGGAUGUUGGCUUUGGUGGGGAUUGAACUCCAGACUCCUAUUAGUCAGUUUAGACCGCUUGGCCACCCAGCACCUGAUUUGUUUUCAUGGUUUACUCCAAGUAGUUACCCCCGAACACCUCUUUAGGAAUAUUAACGAAUGGUCUCAACGAAACCAUGUUCAGUUUCUAAAUUUAUGUAGCCUACCAAACUUUUGAACCAAUUCCUGUAAACUAAUUUAUUGCACAGCCAGUUAAGAUUUCAAUUGUGUGUGCAAAAAAAAAUAAUAAUUUUCUGAAUCCACUGAAAAAUCGCCCAGAAUCCUGUACGGCCAUAAAAUGCAAAAAACAUUAAAAUGUGUAAACCAUACAGGUUGGUAUGUAUCUUACAUAUAUUUCUAUUUGUGUGUGUGCGCUUGUGUAUUCCUUAACCUAAUUAUCCAUUUUAUUGGCUUUGUUACUGAUUUUAUUAAUGGUAGAAAAUAUUUUUACAUUAUGUCUCUAAAUUUCAGUGAGAAAAUGCAACAUGGAUAUUAUAAUAGUCUUGAGUUUGGGACUGUAAGAACAAGCUGGCAGUACAUCAAAAUUUUAUGACAUCACUGAUGGGUGACCCAUUCAUUUCUGCUUAAUGAUCAACUACAUAGUAUUUUGUGGAAAAAAAAUGAUAUCUUGGAUAGAAAUAUAUGUAUGGUAAAACUUCAGUUCGGGUGCACAUAUUAUUUCUCAACAAAAUUAGUUAAUUUCGCAUGAAAACUCUGGCUUAUAGGGUAAAAAAUACAAAACAAAUGGAUCUAUGUAUCUUUGAGGGCUGUUCAAAGACACUUUAAAAUCGAAUAAAAAGAAAAUUAAGCGCUGUACAACUUAGUAUUAGUUAACAAUGUCUGCUUGGAGUUAAUUUAAUAAAGAAUACACGAAAAUUUACAUGCGAAAAUACAAAAUGCAAUAAUAGAAAUAAUAUAUGCUCCUGAACUAGACUUUUACCUAAAUAGUUUCAAUAAUCUGUCAGUUUAUUAUAUCUUGACAAUAAAAUUUAAUGUUCAAGAUCUUAUUCUGUGAUUUCUCAGUUUCUUGUUUUUUAAAUAUUAAGAAAAUAUUUCUAAAGAUGAAUUAUUGAAGUACUUCAAAUGAACAAGGAUCCACUAAUAAGUCUUACAUGUCAGGCAAAUCAAAGAAGUAUUAAGUGUAGUUAGAGUGGUGCAGAAACAUGCGCACCACCAAUUUAAAAAUACUGGGAACCUGAAUUAAAUGCUUGAUGGUAUCCAUUUUAUUUUAAACUAAUCAACAUGAAUUUAUUGCACAUUGUGCUAGUCUAUUCUGUGAACAUAUUAUUGGUGAGUGUGUAUCAGUUAAAUAUGUACAAUCAUUUUCUUAUCAUGGAUGAUUGUUCCACACACAGAAAAAGGCAAUAAAAGCGAUUUUGUAGUGGUCCGGGGAUUUUUUAACUUGGAAAAAAUUUAGUUAAAUUAUUUAAAAAAACUGAAGAGUCUUACAAAUUUGAUUUACUUAGCGCCAAAUUUUUCACUGCAGGACUCCUGAGUAUAUUCAUUAGAUAUUACUAUCAGUCAGAACUUCAUUGAAAGUAACCUUGACGUAAAAGAAAUUUCAUUGUCCUACCAUCUUCUCUGUUCAAAGGCUGCGGCUAUAAAUUUAUAAAAUAGCAUAAUAUUCAUUGUUUUGUUUAUUUCUUGAAUUCUUAUAUUUAACAGUUUUAAUAGUCUUCUUGUGCUCUAUUAUUAUUUUUUAAAUUACUUUCUCAUAUUAAAAAAGAUAUUGACCAAGUCUCUUUGCUCACAUGUGAUCAGCGGAUGUUUAAACGUUUGUUACUUUGACAUCUUUAAUUAGUUUUGAUUUAUUUAAUCAUUGAUUUCAGAAGGGAAAACUUUUUAACACUGUAAUCAUUCAAAAUGUAACACCACACUUUUCUUUCUUUAUUAUAGAAUAAAUUAAGUUAUGCUUUUAAAUGUAUAAUCUAUUAACUUCACUUAACUUUAAUGUUUCUAAAAUGUUACCCAAUUAUAAAGAAAAAAUAACAUAACUCCUAAUAAUGUUGAGGCAUUUUUAUUUUAAUGUUUAACUUUAUUGACUAUCACCAUUGUCUUUCCUUCACAGCUAGAUUAAAUCAGUAUCUUAGGUAAGGUUUGAUUAAGGUGCAAUUUAACAUUCAAAUGGUUUCUCUACAAUGCAAGUCAUGCUUUCUGUACCUCUCUUUAUUAUGAUAACCCAGGCAGUCCACAAAAUUUUUUGAGUGAGGAGCCAAUUUUAUUUAAUAAUACCUGCUACGAAAAUAUUUUAGUAGCCGCAUGCAUUAUAAAUUAAUAUGAAAUAAGACCCUUUAUUUGAUUUUUAAUUACACAAAUUAUUUCAUUAAUCUAUUUGAAAGCUUUAUCACAGUCCAACACUCGUAUAAUUAGUCAAAUAAGACCCCCAUAUUUCCCUUCAAAGAGCUCCAUUCAUCUUUGGGUGCAGAUACUGAUAACCCAAUAGAAAAAUGCCUUGUGUAGAAAUUUAUGUAACAAAGUUUUGAGUUGAUAUAUUUUGAAAUAUAUCAUAUGUAUGUAUUAAAUAUGAUCAAGCAUGUGCUUUUGACUUAUAGCAAAAUAACAUACACAAGUGAAAUGAUAAUUUAAGGCAGGGAUAAGGAACCUAUGAAAACAACAAUAUUCUACAUUAUUAAAAAUUAGUCAUACAUUUAUGGAGGCAUAUUUUUAAUUAAAACAUCAAAUUGUAAAUUUAUAAAGGAAAGCCAGGGGUUGUGUAAAAAUUUGGAGCUUAAGCCUUGUAACUAUCUAUAAGUAUUUACAAAAAAUAAUUAGAUCUAUAAAUUUGUUGUGGAUGUUGAACAAGUACUUGAGCAACCUGUUUUCUCUUUCUCCAAAUAAGUUGAGAACUUAAAAUUUGUCAUAUCCACUCUAAUUAAAGAACCUAAAUGAUGUGGGCUGUGCCGAAUAUAUUCAUUCUUUUGUAACGGUGUUGAGGUUUUAAACAUUAUAAUGUUAGCACUCUUGCUUUAGUCUGACAUCAGAUAUAUAGGUUAAGUAAUUCUGGUGUCUUUAUUUUGUUCCUCAUAGUUGCAAGUUCUGAAAGUCAUUGCAAAUCAUUUAGCAGUAAUUUUUACCGUCUCGUCAUUUGCAGAAAGUACCUGACCCAGGGACUUAUGCUAAGACUUUUCAACAUCCAAUGCCUGACACCAUCUCCAAUCUAGGCAGGCAGCAUGGACUAUUCUUCACAAGUGAAUUUCAACUAUAAGCUGUUGUGGGUUUCCAGAACUCAUAGAUUUUGGAGUUACUUUAUUGUCUUAGUGUGUUGUACAUUUUUAACAUUGUGGGAUUUAAAGGUUAAUAUUGUUAUUUUUUACAUUCUGUAAAAUACUUUUAAAGUUUGUGUCUCUGUUUAUUUGGUUGACAAUUAUACACAUUUAUAUUUCUGAAACUAUGAUAAGAACUGAUGUUAUGUUUUGUGUUAAGGUGUCACAUUCGUGGACAAUAUUUUAUUCCUUUUCAAAUUAUUUAUGUUUAACAACACAGGAGAUAGGAAAUGUCUAUUUAUAAUUCUAUUAUAUCAAAGAUCUCUAAGUUUAACAUGGUGGAAUUUUCUGUUUUUGUUAAAAAAUGUUCUUUUUAACAAAAGUCAGUUCAAACUAUGCCUUCAUAUUAUUUUUACAAUAAAAUAUACAUUUUAAAAAGAAUGAUUUAAAAUUAUCAUUUGCAUAGUUAAAGAAAAUUUAAUUAGACCACUGUAAAAGAUUUUUUUUAAAAAAAUUUUAACAUGCUACAAAAUCUUUCACCAUUCUGAUAUCACAUGGGCCCUGCAACCCCUGUUGAUAGUAUUGUGCAAAUAGAACUUUUCUGCUAUUUUACUGACCCAGUAUUGUACAAAUAGAACUUUUCUAUUUUACUGACCCAGUAUUAUACAAAUAGAACUUUUCUGCUAUUUUACGGACACAGUAUUGUACAUAUAGAACUUUUCUGCUAUUUUAAUGACACAGUAUUGUACAAAUAGAACUUUUCUGCUGCUUUACUGACACAGUAUUGAAGAAAUUGCACUUUUCUGCUAUUUUACUCUCACAGUAAUUAACAAGGAUUACUCAGAGCCCUUUUGAUAUUUUUUUUAAUUUGCUGUGGCUUUCAGUAUUAUAUUUACUAUUUACUCAAUUAGUACACUGCAUUUAAUGUAAGCACUUUUAAAAAUUACUCUUCCAUUUUACAAUUCUUCAUUUUUGUAAAGUAUGUCUAAAUCUAAGCUAUUCUCAAAACAUUUAAAAGAAUGCUCAAAAUUAUGACAAUUAUAGAAACUGUUUUUUGCAGUUGAUCUUUUAUAUUGGUUAUUGCAACAACAACAAAAAAGAAAGAGAAAAGGGCCUUUUAAAACCCAAACAGGACUAAUUGAUUGGAAGAUAAUUGGACUUAGGAAAUAAACAAAAUUUGGGAAUCUUAUUCAAUUUUGUUAGCAUUACCUCUUUUAGGACAUAUAAACAAAAAUAUAUAAAUCAAUUCAUUCAUUCAAAUUAAUUAAGUUUAGUAAUUUAGUAAACAAAAUACGUUUUCUCUUUGUUCUUAUAUUUUAAUGAAUAAAUUUAAUAAUUUGCAAUAAUUUAACAGAUUUCCAUUUUUUAUGAUUGAGGUAAUGUCAAUUUUCAUCUCUUUACAAGAUUUUAAAUGUAUUUUGUUUUUUAUAAAACAGAUAUUCUGUUAUCUUUGUAUGGUAUGUAGAAACAACUCACAGUAUUAUAUAUCUUGGCCUAUAUUACCAAUACACAUAAGCACAGAUUUAUAGAGUUUAUAGUGCUUUUACAGUUAAUAGAAGUUAUCUCCAUCAAAUGUUUCCACUGUACAGUAAAUUUUAUUUACUUCAACAGUUCAGAGUGAUUUUCACCUGUCACUUUUUUCUACAUAUUUAUUGAAUAUAACAAUGUACUUUGUGUCUUUUUUGGAUUGGAACAAGGCAUUAGGUCUUAUUAGCUACUGAUAUAUUACUCAAUAAUUUCCAACAGUGCACAAUAUAUAAACUACUUGUAUUGUGUUGAAUAGUGCACAAUAAAAACAGUGACAAUCAGGUGGCAGUAUAUAAACCCAGGCAUCAGGCAUGCUACUAUUGGCUGUAUUCUAAAACUUAAUAACUCUUCUUCCACUAUUAGACUGAUAAGCAAUAAAAGGUACAUAGAAAAUUGUCAUAAAUUUGAAUGCUGUCACUCAUUUGUUAAUGAAUUUUACAAUUUAAAAGUAGGCUUAAUGAACACUAAUUGGUAUUAUUUUUAGUGUUCACUCAGUAACUCACUGGAUGUUGACUUAAACAUAUAAUUAAAUUAACUGUGUUUCUUUGGUUGUAAAACUGCAUUUUUGCUUAAAAUAAAAUGUCUUAACUUUUUAUGAAGCUGAAAAAUAUUUUAUCUACUUAUAUGUAAGCAAGAAGGAUUCUCCACACAAUCUCCGUGUCUUUAUCUACUUAUAUGUAAGCAAGAAGGAUUCUCCACACAAUCUCUGUGUCUUUUGUUAUAAUAAAAGAAAUAAAUUCAGACCCUAUUAUUAACCCUUUGGUUACCGGUACUGAUGACAUUGACGCGACGUCACGAUCACCCACUUUCAAUUACGAAGGACAUCCAAUUGUUGUCAUAACAAAGAGGCAAAGAACUUGUAUGAAAUACCAAGGACAUCAUGUCGACAUCACAUUUCAAUGCUAUAUAUUUCUUUAUUCAUUAAUCUAUAGAAAAGUUAAUAAGCAAAUGGGACAGAGAAUGAAAAAUACUGAAAAUUUCUUCAUUUAAUUUUUUGCAGAGUGCAAAAAUCGAUCCCAAAACCAGCGGUAAUGAAAGGGUUAAAGGCUCCCAACACAGACAUAUCUUAGAUUUAAAGUGAUAAUCUAUUCACUACCAAAAUAACA